CUAGAAAAAGAAUAAUGAACUGUACUAAGUCUGUUUAUAUCAGUUACGGAGCUGCAACGUUCCAAAAUACAAACAAAAUACCAUGAAACGUAUAAAUUCAUAAAUGUUGACCGGUAGCACAUACAUGAAUGAAGGGUUCUGAGGCUCGUGAAAAUGCGUCAAGGAGAAUACGUAAAAAGCUUUUAAGUCGUCAAAAUCACCAAACGGGGGCGCUGUAUGGGAAGCUAACAAUUAAUAUCUAUUUGCGAAUUUUCUCGCUUGUUGGAACCGUAGACUUAUGCAAUUGCCAUUUAGUAUGCAAGAAAUUUUAUGAAUUAUGUCGCUCAAACACCAUAUAUAUAAAAAAGCUGCUUCUGAUGGGGGCGUGGGACACUGCGUUGUCCAAAUCACUUUACUUAGAAUCAAGAAGUGAAGCAAUAUCUAGUGAAGGAGCGUCAAGUAAUCGUGAAAAGACCAAGAGCUCACAAAGUGAAACUAUUUCUAGUUACGGUGCUACUGAGAGAUCAAUUGGAACACUACCACAUUCUCUGCUUGGCACAUUGCCGGAAAAUGAAACAGCAUUACCAUCAGCUGUUCAGUAUUACACACGGCAAGGGAGGGAAGAUGUAAUACAUGUGUUUGAUAAAGUUAGUCACCGAAUUGAAUUGGCACGAAUAGAUUACAUCCGUGUUUGGAGAACACUAGCUCCAAUGUACCGAAAUUUGGCCUAUGCUAGUAAUACAUUAGAUCCAAUAGCUUUUUCUUCCUUUGAAACGCCAGAGGAACAAGCUGUUGUUUUAAAGCUUUUACUUCGAUUUGGUAACUCUAAACCGUAUGGAUGGUUUGACUCAUCAAUGCAGAAUGCAAUUCUAGAUAUGGCCGUUUUGUUUGAACAAGCAUGUCUAGAUGAAUUAGCACUCGGUAUCGAUUCCCGAAACUUGGAACUUGUUUCGCAGUUUUCACAUGUACUACAUGACUUUUCAGAUCCAAAUGUAUAUGUUCAAUUAUACAUAUCAAAACAUAGAGAUUAUCUACAGUCAUACUUUCAAUUUGACCCAUACAGUCUUUUUACCGUGAACGCCGAUAAUGAACGUUCACAAAUUCAAUGGGGGAUCCUUGAAAAUGUGAUCAAUGAUACGAUUAGGUUACUAACGUCGGAAUAUGCUUUUACUUCAGCAUCUUUUCCCGUCCCCGAGCUCGUUGAAAUUCCAUAUGCAAGAGAAAUUGUAGGGAACUCCUUUAAAAACUAUGUCACCUCAAUCGUUGAGCAUAUAGGCGAUGAGGAAGUUGAUUUGUAUUUGAUCUUUAUUUCCGGCCUUUAUCGCCUAAGUAAACGUUUGUUUGAUAUUCCUAAUGGCUUCUUGAUUGUAGACACUAUCUUCCAAUCUCAAAUCGAUAUAUAUAUCUCCCAGGAGCUACAUAACUUUAAGAUUGUUGCACAAUCUGUGGUCGAUCAAUGGGACUUGUCUAUACGAGAAAAGGAAGGUGCUACUGAGUCUUUCUUCUUUAGGAAUGUUGGUCAAAAUACUGCUAAAAAUAAUUUCUUGGAAACUUUCAAGAACGUCAUGUUGCUUCCUGUUUCUCUGUUUUCUUUUCCUUCUGAAAAUAACGAGCAGGCAAAUAUUCAACGGGCAGUUCAGAUUUCUAAUGAACCCGAUGCGUACGAUGGUUUGGAUAAUUUGGAUCCUUCGAGAUUUGUUCCUUCAAAUGUAUAUGUUUCGCAAGAUCAGUUAUCGCAACUGCCGACCACAGAACUGGCAGCCCAGGCUGCUGUUUUGGACUCAAAACUAGAAGGUAUUAGUAAUAUGUUUAGUUUAGAACUUGCCUUAAAAAUAGUGCACCUAUGUAAAAUUAGUCUUGCUCGAUCCAAAAUCUUUCUCGGUAUCUCAAGCAGUCAAGACGAAGAUAUCCAAGCUUUGCAGAAAGACCUCUUUGUCCAGUUAUUGAGGCAGUUGGGUCAAGGGCAUCUUAGACACGGAUUUGACCGAGCUAUCGAGCAUUUGUCUUUACUCGACCCCAAAAAAGACUUUACUAAUAAUACUGCUGAGCCUAUUGUUAAGUUCCUAGAGCUCAUUAACGUCGGUGAUAUGAUUCAGCAAAUGAUGGACACAUUUUAUAAUGAAGAAAUGAGCUCAAUCUGCGUUAGGGAUGAUAUGUUUGAUCCUGCUAUAGCUGAAAAGAAAAAGUUUGAACAACUCCUGGAUGAAAGAGCUGCGCUUGGUCUUCAUAAAGGAAUCGAUGUCAUUAUUGAGCAUGUCGACUUCUUGCUAGAAUCAAAGACACCAAUUAAUUACUUCUCCCCUCAGUCUAUUGGUCUUACAAACACUAUGGUUGAACCUUCGGCGGCAGCGAAAAGUAUUACUCAAUUUCUGCGUACUCACAUGAAGCUAUUAGUGGGCUCUACAGACCAUGAGAUAUUGGAUUUGUUCUAUAAAGAGAUAGGAAUGCGUUUAUUCAAUUCAUUGACACGUUAUAUAAAGCAACGCAAAUUCACUGUUGAAGGUGGAUUGAUGCUUUUAAGUGAUUUAAAUCUAUAUAAUGAAUUUGUGGUUUCUUUAAAACAGCGUGCGUUGUUACCUUAUUUCAAAGCACUUAAAGAAAUUGCACAUCUAUUCAUUAUUGAUGGCAAAAAUGCAGAAGAAAUUGGGAAAUUAGCCACUGACAACUCUCGUUUUUCUACGGCAUUCCAUACAGAAGAGGUUUACGAGUUUAUUCAUUGUCGAAUUGACUGGCUCAGCAUAAAGUAUCAAGUCGACAAGGUGAUACAUGGUUUGGCUUGCUGUAUUAUGUGAUUUCCAUUUUUGACUUGUUGAUAGCGGGCGCUUCACUGAUGAUUGUUUAUGAGACUGAUGAAAUGUUAAAGUACUAUAUCUAUGCAUUAUAUAAUAAUUUCAAAUUUUAAGAAAUAUUUAAGCCCUUUUUAACAGCGUACACAAUUUUAUAGCUAAUCCAUAGUUUUAUGAUAUUUAAAGAAGUGUACCACUAAUAAUUAACCCUUGUCAUUAUCUUUUUAAUAACUAAAUGUCCAAAAUCCCC